UCCGUUAGCAUUAGCCAUACGGUUGCAUUCAGUCGCUGUUAACAGAAGACCCGUUUGUUUGUUCGCUCUUGGGUGAUGAAAUUAAAUGGUUACAUUUGUUUAAAAACUUAAAAUUUCGAGGCGAAAGGCCACCCGACGCAUUUCCGUUGCUCUUUGUAUCCCUCUUGAGCGUCCAUCAUGGGCGAGGUGGAGUUGUCCUGUCGGGCUUAUGUGAAGAUGUACCUGCACGCCUGUUUGUUUCCCCGGUGCAGCGUCAAUGGGCUGCUGCUGUCGUCUAGCCCGGCGGGGGGCGCUGUUUGCGUGUCUGACUGUGUGCCACUGCUUCACUCUCAUCUGUCUCUGGCUCCCAUCACUCAGCUGGCCCUAACACAGGUGGAUGUGUGGUGCUCACAAACACAGCAGAGGAUUGUGGGAUACUACCAAGCCAAUGCCUGCGCAUCAGACAGUAGCCCAACACAAGGAGCCAUGAAAAUAGCUGAUAAGAUCGCAGAGCAGUUUGAUGGUGCAGUUUUAUUGAUGCUCGACGGCAGUAAGAUGUCGCCAGACUUUCGCGUCCCUCCCAUUGUCAUGUAUGAGCGCAGAGACUCAAGAUGGACGCUCAAAGACAAACACACGAUCAUGUUGAGGCAGUGGGAGGAGACCCGAGCCAUCGCCAGCCAAAUGCUGGACUCGGGAGACCACGCUCUCCUGGUGGAUUUUGACAGCCACCUGGAUGACAUCACGCGAGACUGGACCAAUCAGAAAGUGAACGCCAAGAUCGCCGAGCUGGCCUCACCGGCAAACGGAAACAUCUAAGCACUAACUGCAAAUAGUAACCGUGUGUGUAUUGUGCUGCGAGCCGACACCGCCCUCAGUUUAAGGACUGACUCAUUGCAACGCACACACACAAUUUCGUUCCGACAAGCUGCACAAAAUAACAACAGUGACAUUCCACCAGCUCCUUUGAUCCCUGGCAUUAAACCACCACUCCCCAGUAGGAAUUCAUACUAAUGUGUAAUACUGUGGCAUCGGUCUUUUCAGCCUACCCUCGUACCUCAUCAAUUUAUUAUUCUUUUAAUAAUAUGCUGAGGGUCAAUAAAGACAAAUAUAUCCCCAGUGCCUCUCUUUGGACACC